CUCUGAUUGGUCCAAUUUAAAAAUUAGACCGCGGUCAGCUUCUUCAAAAACGAAUGGAGAGGACUGUAGCUAGCUACAUCAAUGUGUCGAUGAAUAAAAACACACAAACAGUGAUGGAUACGUGUUUGGACAAGAAACCAGAGAGAGUGGGGCCUAUAGUUGUUGAGGAUUUGAGAAAGGACUUGUUUGCUGAUUUUUCUGCAAUUGCAUCUGCUCUGCCACAGGAUUGUGUAUUAUUUGAGAAAGAGCAUCUGCGGGUCUACCUCAGGAUACGUCCCUUUACCACAGUAGAGAAUGAAAGUGGUGAAUCUCAGGAAUGUGUGUCCAUGGAGCCACCAGACACUGUUUUACUCAGGGCUCCUAGGAGCUCUUUAUCAACCAGACGACAAACCAGUCACGCAGAUGGUGACAAACCAGUCACUCAGACCACCCAAAGAUUUCAGUUUUCUCAGGUAUAUGGCCCUGACACUACACAGAGGCAAAUGUUUGAUGGCACAGUGAAACGUCUGGUCAGAGAUGUUCUAGAAGGAGGAAAUUCUAUUGUCUUCACAUAUGGAGUCACCAACGCCGGGAAGACAUUCACAUUCCUUGGCCCUGAGAGUGAUGGUGGAAUUCUUCCAAGGUCUUUGAACGUGAUCUUCAACAGCAUCGAGGGCCGGGUCUAUGCACAGAACAACAUCAAACCACAUCGAUGCAGAGACUUCACUAGGCUCACAAAGGACCAGCAGGAUGAAGAGUCUACUAAUAAGCGAAACCUCAUGAGACUGUCAAAGGAGAGUGAUUUUCUGAAAAGCACGAUGAGCUCCACUUGCAGGUCAACAAUACUGGAGGGUUCCUCCUUGAGCGACAUCAGUGAUCAGGGGGAAGGAGACAGUUUCUGUCUGGAUGUGGACUCUCACACUAAAUACUCUGUGUGGGUUUCCUUUUGUGAAAUCUACAAUGAGAAUAUCUACGACCUACUGGAGCCCAUUCCUAAUGGCUCACAUAGGAGAACCGUCCUUCGGCUGUCCCAAGACAUCAAGGGAAACACCUUUGUGAAAGAUUUAAAGUGGGUUCAAGUAAAUCAUUCAGAGGAGGCUUACAAAGUCCUGAAGAUAGGAAAGAAGAACCAGAGUUUCUCCUGCACAAAGCUCAACAAUGUCUCAAGCAGAAGCCAUAGCAUAUUUUCCAUUCGUAUCUUGCGGAUUGAAGAUGUUGGUAUACCCAGAGUCCACACAAUUAGCGAGUUGUCGUUGUGUGAUCUGGCUGGAUCUGAGAGAUGUGCAAAGACUCAGAAUAAAGGAGUGCAGCUGAAAGAGGCUGGCAAUAUCAACACCUCAUUGCUCACUCUGGGCAAAUGCAUCAAUGCUCUGAGACUCAACCAACAAGCAAAGUUCCAACAACAUGUCCCCUUCAGAGAGAGCAAGCUCACACACUACCUCCAGGGCUUUUUCUGUGGUAGAGGGAAAGCCUGCAUGAUUGUCAACAUCAACCAGUGUGCCUCCAUGUACGACGAGACGCUCAACGUCCUCAAAUUCUCUGCCAUCGCCCAAAAGGUGGUGGUCCUCAACAUCAAACCAGUCCCUGCCAUUGCUCCAAAGAGAUCUGCCAGGGAUGUGUCCCUCAUCAUCAACAAUGCUGGCUGCAAGAACCUGUGGAGUAGGAGGGAGAGCUCCAUGGUGGCUUGGGAAACGACUCUAGAAGAUGUGCAGGAAGAUGGGGAUGAAGAGGAGGAUGAUUAUGAAGAAGAGGAAAGUUGCGAUGAGAGCAUGGCAGAGGAGACCAUUCUGGAGGCGGGAGAAGAGGACAAGACGGUGCUUGAGGACUUCAAUGGCCAGUUUGCUCUGGUGGAGGAACUGAGGGAGAAACUUCUGAAGGAGGAAGCUGAGAAAUUGGCUUUGGAGUCUCAUAUCCGUGAAGAGGUCACCAUCGAGUUCAUGGAGCUAUUCUCCAAAAUGGAAAGUGAUUACAAUGAGCGUCUUUCCAAAGAGAGGGAGAUCAUCGAGGACAGAGCGGACAAGAGGUUGGAGAUCCUGAAGAAUUUAGUCAGCAAAAGUGUCAGCAAGUGUGCAAGUGUCACUGGUGACGAGGAAAUGACAAAGGAGGAUAAGGUAGAGCUCUUGGAGGGGAUCAUUGACGCAAUGCGAGACGACCUGGCUAGAAUCAGGAGGGAUGCGGAGGCUGCACAGACCUGCAGACCUGCCUCUCCUGGCACUGUAGCCAGCCCGAGGAAGCAAGUGGAUGACUUAUCAGAGGAGCUCCUCAAGACCCAGCAGCAACUCCACCUCAAAACAAAUGAAAUGGACGAAAUGAGCAUGGAAUUGAAACAAUUGUGCGGGCAGCUAGAGGAUGCGAAGGAGAAUUUGGAAUCUCAGACACGGACGUUUGAGGCCUUAAUGGAAAUCUGCCAUGAGAAAGAUGACAUGAUUACCAAACUGCAGGAAGCAAUAGACCAGAAUAGUGAGGCUGCAACUAGGGAUGCAGCCUUGGUUGACUCCAUCAAGGAUGAGAUUCUGAGCUUGAAACAGAAUUGUAAGUGUAUGAGUCGGAAAAGUCCCAGUGCUGAGGAGGGCAGGAACCGCCAUGCUGAUGUCCUGGAAAACCUUGAUGAUCAGCCUGCCCUGAAGAAAGGGCGUCUUGAGGAUGAGCGUGUUAUUCUAGCAUGCGAGUUGGAGAAACUCCAGGCGGAAUGUCAUCAAAAAGACAUGACCAUUUCACAGUUAAAAGAAGAACAUGAGGUGAUGGUUCAGAAGUUGGAGACAGUCAAAGGAGAGAUAAAAAUAAUGAACGAAGACUCCGAUGAGCUCAAACGCGAGAAGGUUUCGUUCGAACAGAACUUACAGAAGCUCACCAACGAUUUGGAGGAGCAGACGGAUGACUGUGAAGCUGUGAUGGCUUUGCUGGAGAAAGAGAGGAAAGAGACAGCCAGGCUCUCUAAAGACAACAAAGCACUGGUCAACGGCAUCUUCCAGCUCCAGCAGACAUCACAGAAAGCGGAGUCUUCAGUGAAAACUCUCCAAACAGAACUUAUCGAACAGACUGAGAGGUCCGCCAAUCUUUUAGAGGAGCUAGAGGCAGCCAGAGCACUCUUGAAGGAGCUCGAAGACCAAUCUAACGAAAAAUCCAAAACCAUUGAAUCUUUGACUUUGGAAACUGAACGACUCCAGAAGGAAGUGGAGGAACUGAAGGUCUCUUCUGUGCAGAGGAACGACUCAAAGUUCCAUGACACCAUAGAUGCCAUGAAAAGGGAGUGUGAGAGUGUGGUGGAACAGUUGCUCCAGAAGAGCCAGUGGAUAGCUGACCUGGAGCAGGAGCUCAACCAGGUCAGGGAGCAGCUCUCUGGACAGGAAGAACUCUGCAGCCAGCUGAGACAUGAGCUAGAGACACUGCGGUCAGAGGCACAAUUCAACCUGCAGGACUAUGAAUUAGAGAAGGGUGCUUACAAUGAAAUUACGAAGAGUUACUCUGACCUCGAACAAAUGGCAGGCCACCUGAAGGAGCGAAUCGUGGACCUGGAGGUUCAGGUGCAGUCCUCUGGAGGCAGCUCUGAGAGGGUUGUGGAGUUGGAGAAGCAGCUGGCUGAGAGGGAGGCCCAGUGUGGAGCUCUGCAAGCGAGACUAGAGGUGGCUCAGCAGAAACUGUCCCAGGUGGAAGAAAGUCUUAUAAAUAAGUCCAAGGAGAAGGUGAUAGAAGACAUGCGUCUUGCACUGACAGAGCAGGAGAGGACACAAACAGAACAAGAGCAGAUUCUGGAGGCUAAGAUGAAAGAGAUUGAGGCUUUAAGUCGAGAGCUGAUGAGUUUGAAGGACAGCUGCCUUCCAAAAAACGUGAACAUUGCCAAGUUUUCUCAUGUGAUUAACUGUCCUGGCGAGAACGUGAAGCAGGAACGUCAGCGGACUGAAGAGCGCUUGAAGCUGGUUAAUGAGCAGCAUGAGGUGGAGAACCAGAAGUGCCUUGAAAAGAGGGCAAUUCUGAUGGAGGGAGCCGACGAGCCAGAGCAGGAGGAGAGUCGGUGCCCGGCUCCAGAUUUGAUGAGGGAGUGUCGAAAGGAGCUCUGCCGUAGCACGCUGCAGACUGAAAAGGUGAAAUUGUCUAAACAACCUUCAGAAAAAGAAGAGGAGAGUGUCUCUAUAGUUGAGGCCCUCAAAUUAGAGAUGCAGGAGAGAAACGCGGAGAAAGAGCACAAGCUCAGGGAGCUCCAUGACCACUUCAAUUUCCAAACACAAGAUGUACUGGACUCCCCGCAGGUGUCCACAGAUGGCAGGCGAGAGCUUUGCUUCCCCAAGUUGGAGAGCCAGCUCACCCCUCUGCACCCCAACAAGCUGAACGUCCGGAGGCAGGGAGAGAACAAGUCUGUGAACAUCAAAAUCACCCGCUCAGCCAGGAAGAGGAAUAGCAACGAGAUGGAGAAGGGCCCUGUGGAAAGUGAGAACAAAAAGAAUAUCAAGUUGAGGGUGAACAACAGAGUGAACAUGCAGUCGCCGACAGUGCUCGGUGUAAAAACAGACCAGAACAAGCAAUGGACACCAGCAAGUCUGAAAGCCAAAAAGGAUGGAACCGUCCAGAAGAUUGGAGACUUCAUCCAGAGUUCCCCAACUCUGCUUGGGUGCGAAGCUAAGUCAAUUAUGGGGAUUGUAAAUGGAAGAUCUACCAAGCGAGAGAGAGCCACAUCAGUGAAACCGAAAAGGACCAAGAGGAAGCUGUACAAGACCGAGAUCUCCUCUCCUCUGGACAUCCCAUCUCUUCCGAUCAUUGGUCUUGAUCAAGAUGAGAAAGAAAGCGACCAUCUAAUUAUCAGGAGGCAGCUUAGAUCAAGAACAGCAAGGAAAUGACUUCGUCAACAGUGGCCAGGAGUUGAUAUUGCUUACUUGAUUUAAAAACUCUUGUUAGAAAACUAGCCAUGUACAUAUGUGAAUAUUUUCAUAUUUUGUUUCUCAUUCUUUUACAUUAUGUUUUAAACUCUUAUUUUUUAAAUUGAAAAUAGUAUACAGAGGGGGCAAAAAAGUAUUUAGUCAGCCACCAAUUGUGCAAGUUCUCCCACUUAAAAUGAUGAGAGGCCUGUAAUUUUCAUCAUAGGUACACUUCAACUAUGACAGACAAAAUGAGGGAAAAAAAUCCAGAAAAUCACAUUGUAGGAUUUUUUUAAUGAAUUUAUUUGCAAAUUAUGGUGGAAAAUAAGUAUUUGGUCAAUAACAAAAGUUUCUCUCAAUACUAUGUUAUAUACCCUUUGUUGGCAAUGACAGAGGUCAAACGUUUUCUGUAAGUCUUCACAAGGUUCACACACACUGUUGCUGGUAUUUUGGCCCAUUCCUCCAUGCAGAUCUCCUCUAGAGCAGUGAUGUUUUGGGGCUGUUGCUGGGCAACACGGACUUUCAACUCCCUACAAAGAAUUUUUAUGGGGUUGAGAUCUGGAGACUGGCUAGGCCACUCCAGGACCUUGAAAUGCUUCUUACGAAGCCACUCCUUUGUUGCCCGGGCGGUGUGUUUGGGAUCAUUGUCAUGCUGAAAGACCCAGCCACGUUUCAUCUUCAAUGCCCUUGCUGAUGGAAGGAGGUUUUCACUCAAAAUCUCACGAUACAUGACCCCAUUCAUUCUUUCCUUUACACGGAUCAGUCGUCCUGGUCCCUUUGCAGAAAAACAGCCCCAAAGCAUGAUGUUUCCACCCCCAUGCUUCACAGUAGGUAGGGUGUUCUUUGGAUGCAACUCAGCAUUCUUUGUCCUCCAAACACGACAAGUUGAGUUUUUAUCAAGAAGUUCUAUUUUGGUUUCAUCUGACCAUAUGACAUUCUCCCAAUCUUCUUCUGGAUCAUCCAAAUGCUCUCUAGCAAACUUCAGACGGGCCUGGACAUGUACUGGCUUAAGCAGGGGGACACGUCUGGCACUGCAGGAUUUGAGUCCCUGGCGGCGUAGUGUGUUACUGAUGGUAGGCUUUGUCCCAGCUCUCUGCAGGUCAUUCACUAGGCCCCCCCGUGUGGUUCUGGGAUUUUUGCUCACCGUUCUUGUGAUCAUUUUGACCCCACGGGGUGAGAUCUUGCGUGGAGCCCCAGAUCGAGGGAGAUUAUCAGUGGUCUUGUAUGUCUUCCAUUUCCUAAUAAUUGCUCCCACAGUUGAUUUCCUCAAACCAAGCUGCUUACAUAUUGCAGAUUCAGUCUUCCCAGCCUGGUGCAGGUCUACAAUUUUGUUUCUGGUGUCCUUUGACAGCUCUUUGGUCUUGACCAUAGUGGAGUUUGGAGUGUGAUUGUUUGAGGUUGUGGACAGGUGUCUUUUAUACUGAUAACAAGUUCAAACAGGUGCCAUUAAUACAGGUAACGAGUGGAGGACAGGGAAAGAAGUUGUUACAGGUCUGUGAGAGCCAGAAAUAUUGCUUGUUUGUAGGUGACCAAAUACUUAUUUUCCACCAUAAAUUCAUAAAAAAUCCUACAAUGUGAUUUUCUGGAUUUUUUUUCCCCUCAUUUUGUCUGUCAUAGUUGAAGUGUACCUAAUGAUGAUAAAUUACAGGCCUCAUCUUUUUAAGUGGGAGAACUUGCACAAUUGGUGGCUGACUAAAUACUUUUUGCCCCACUGUACACACUAUAGGAAACAUGGCAAGUACCAAACCGUUUUGUAAAUGUACAUUGGAGACCCAGCCUGUGAUUGGAGCGCAGUAGACAAGGGACACAUUGGAGGAUGGAGUAUUGUUUUGUCCUGCUCGAAUGGGGCCAAAAGUGUAGAAUGUCAUGGUCAUUUAUUUUAGUGGCAGCCGUCAGGGGUGGUUGUCAUCUGAAGAGAGUAAAUAAUACAGCUCAUCUCUCACCCCUUCUCUGUGGUGGGUCCCUGAGAGGUCCCACUCUCACAGCCAGUCAGGUUCAGUCUCCAGUGGGCAAUUUAAUGGGACAGUUGCCAGUGUUUGUCUACGUCAUUGCUUGUUGUUAUUGAAAACAUGUCUCUGAUAAUUUUCUCUGCAUUGCCUGGCUGUUUUUUGUAAAUAAUAGACAAUGCAUUAGAAUUCAUAAUAGCCUACAGGAAUUGAAGUUGGGUUAAAGCCACUUCAAUAGAAAAUGGGGGGCAAGAUUGUGCAGAUAGACUUUCUGGUUCCUAAGCAACUUUGCAAUAUAUAUAUUUUUUGUAUAUUACUGCACUGUUGGUGCUAGGAACACAAGUGUUUCCCUACACCCGCAAUAACAGCUGCUAAAUAUGUGUAAGCGACCAAUAAGAUUUGGACCAUCUGUUUAGCAGGGUAUCAAGAGACCAUUGAUUUAUCUUGUUUACUCCCAUCAGCACUUUUUUUUUUUACGGUUAGAUAGCAAUCUGUGUCUCAGGAUUCUGUGGGGAGAGACCAAGUAGAACAUCCUGUUGAGGGUAAACGUGCAGGUGAGAAGGGAGUAUGGAAUCUACUCAACUAUAUCACUAUGCUACAAAUUGAUGCAUCUAAUCUCUGAACUUUGCUUGUUAAAUUUCUACUGUAUCUUGUCCCAUGUCAACAGCUCUCUACAGUUGUCAAUGAAUAAGGAGACCACAAAGAAUAAACCCCACUAAGUCUGUCUUAAGGUUCA